CCCUUCUGCGCGAAAAUUAUGCACAACAAAGCAGUGCCUACGCACCUCUCUUACCAUCCACACAUGUCAUGAUCCCAUUGCGCUUGCAUCGCACGGGCCUCAUGAUAUGAAGAAGGGCACCGCUUGCCCCAGUAGCGCUGGUAUCGCCGUCGCAAAGCGCAACGAGAUGAAGGAUCAAUAGGUUGCGGCAUCGCGCAGGCUUUAUUUGACGACUGCGCUAACGUCGCCGUCGACGCCUAUAUAAAAGUACGCGAGAGUCUCUUUUCUCGUUGUUGUUGCAUUUGUCGCACGAUUCAACAUCCAAUCUCUCUUUUACAGUCCUUACAUCUCAAGCAACAGAGACUUCACUCGACCUCGAAUUGACGAUAAUGCUUGGAUCUACCGCUUUUGCAGUCUUUGGCCUGGUUCUGGCCAGUGCUGGUGUGCAGGCGAGCACGCCUCUGGUUCGAAGUUAUGAGGGUGAUACCUUCUUUGACCGAUGGCAAUAUUACGGCUAUUACGACAACACAACCAACGGUGAUGCCUACUAUGCCAACAAGAGUGUCGCGACUGGCUCACCCGAGCUCACCUACCUUACCGAUGCGGGAACUGCCAUCAUCAAGGUCGACAACACCUCUACCGUGGCCUACAACGAAAAGCGAAACACCAUCAAGCUCACCUCUGAGGACACCUACCCUGUUGGCUCGGUAUGGGUUUUGGACGCCGUCCACUUGCCUUAUGGUUGUUCCGUCUGGCCUGCGUUCUGGAGUUACGGUACCGGUGCCACCUGGCCUGAGCAGGGAGAGAUCGAUACCAUUGAGGGCGUGAACAUGGGUUACUCGAACCGCAUGGCCUUGCACACUGAGGACGGUUGCUCCAUCGAGGCUUCCAGCACCCAGUACUCUGGUACCGUCAACGACACCUCGUGCUACUACUCUGACAACGACAACUCUGGCUGUGGUGUCACCGACACUGACUACAACUCUUACGGUUCUGGCUUCGCGUCGAACGGCGGUGGUGCGUUCGUUACCGAGUUGUCUGAGGAUGGUAUCAGCAUCUGGUUCUUUGAGCGAUCUGCCAUCCCCGAUGCCGUCUCCAAUGCCAACGACAGCAUCGACACCAGCAGCUUGGGUACCCCUAGUGCUUAUUGGGGCUCGAGCACUUGUGACAUUACCGAGUUCUUUGGUGACCAGUCCCUUGUCUUUGACAUCACCCUUUGUGGUUCCUGGGCUGGCCAGUCCAGCAUCCUCUCCACCACUGGUUGUUCUGCUUUGAGCGGCUCCGACACUUGUUACACUACCUACGUGCUCGACUCUACCAACUACGACACCGCCUACUUUGAGAUCAACUACUUGAAGGUCUACUCCAAUUCCUCUUCCUCAUCCAACUCCUCUUCCUCCUCCUCUUCUUCCAGCUCGAGCUCGAGCUCUGGCGUGUCUGCCACUUCUACCCUCGGCUGGCUCCUCACCGGUAUCAUGGGUGCCUCUGCCUUUGUCGGCAGUAUGCUGUAAAACUAGUCUUCUUUGAAAGCUAGACUAGAAUGCGCGAUGCCCUUGGGGAGUAAUGUCGAGAAGAUAGAAUAACUUAGAAUAGAGGCGAGAUCAGAUUGUAUUAGAGGGGAGAGUAUACCUUUGACGUGAUAACGGACACUUUGCGAGGGACCAUCUUCAUGGAUGCAUGAUGCUUGCUGUUGAUGUGAAUGGUGCAAAGAAGACCACCCAGCACUGGACGAGAGGCUGAUGACGAGGCCCAGCUGUGACCACUCCAAGAGUCGAG